GAUCGGAAGAUGAGCCGGGACGAAAUGCAGUUAAGAGAUAGGUUGCUGAUGCUCUCGGAUCCCCACAAGCCAUUCAAUGUUAAAAGGAAACCGACGCUCACCAAACAGCCCUCUUCCAAAUCGGGGCCGAAGCUUAGCGUUCAGGACUUCGUCCGUAUGGAUCCGGGAUAUACUCCAGAUAUCGAACAUCUAGUGUUUCCGAUGAGAAAAAGAAACCCUCAGCAAGUGGCCCCAAUUAAUCCGGCUCCUUCGAGGACCAGGUCCCGGUUGGCAGAAAUGUUCGCUCUCAGCAGGCACUUACAGCAGAAGUCGUCGACCGACAAGGAUUCCAAAAGGAGUUCAGUAGUAAGUAGAAGCGUCGACAGCAUUCUGGACUCGACAUCGCCGUUGAGGAACUCCCGGGCCGUGACUUCAGAAACAGCCCGACGUUGGGUCUCCAGCGUUGAGGAGUCUGUGUCGUCGGCACCUAUGGAGUCGCAUAAAUCCGCUGCAACCGCGUCUCAUCCUUCCAGCAGGCAAAACUCCACUAGGGUCAGUCCGGCUGCAGAGCAAGAUAACAGGGGUCCCAAUGUUUCCAUUCUCCAUCUACGAAGUGCCACGGAGCCAUGGGAAACCACCACCACGUCUACUUUUUCGUCGAGCACGACUCAUACUGCCAAAAGUUACUUCUCGAGAGGUCCAGCAUCCAGUCUACCACCUCUGACCAAACAUCAAUCACUGGUCGGUCCUAGUGGUGCGUACAAAUGGCAAAAUUCACCAAGUUUUCAUACCACGGCGGAAGUUAACUCUCCGGAGAUGUUCGUCGGACUUGCCAAGAGAGAGCUCUCACCGGUUCGAUGGCAUGAUCGAGAAGUAGAUGGAGUAUACCUCAACAAGUCUGGCUGGGUCCAAGUAGAACAACGAUCUCUUGACGAAAGUAAACGGCUGAGUACUGCUGAUUUAACGAAAAUACCUCCAAAACGAGCGCCGGGCAAACUCACCGAUUAUCACUUCAACAGCGAGCCAGGCUCCGAACGACCUUCUGUGCUAAGUUUCCAAUCAACCGAGUAUAUUCGAAAAAGUGCCUCACCUUCACCACCCCUAGAAUCCCCAUCUAUAACACCCAUCAUAUCUCCACCUCCAGCCUUCCAGGAUAAGGUUGAAAAAGGUCUUAUCAAGAGGAGUAGGACGUUUUUUGGAAAAACUCCUUUUCUGCCUCGAUCGAAUGCUAUUGAAGACAGCGAUGCGAGUCCCCCUUCCACACCACAGUGGAAGAAAACAGGGAAGAUUCCACCAUCUCCUCUAUGGAAUCCAAGCGGAAAACCUAUCCCGUCUCCACAAUGGAAGUUAGAUAAAAUGGGUAAAUCCACACCUUCAUCUUUACGAAACACGCGCGAUAAAUCACCUUCUUCUCCCAAAUGGAAAUCGACAGACAACGGCCCACCUUCGCCACUUUGGAACUCUAGAAAAUCACCACCACCUUCACCUCUUUGGGCCGGUAGGAAAAAGUCGCCUCCGUCACCACUUUGGAGCCAAAACAGAAAGUCACCACCUUCUCCCUUGUGGAACACCAGCGGUAAGUCGCCGCCGUCUCCGCAAUGGAAAAUCAGCCCGCAAUCGACGCAAUCCCUAAAACCUGCCUCUGUCAGUACGUCUGUGUCUCCGGUAAUAGAGAAACCUCCUAGAAAUAUGAACAGAAUGCCUCAGACUAAAUCUUUGGAGGAUACGACUACCGGAAGAAGAUCACUGUUCCUACAGCAUUACAAAGGCUCCUCUUCUUCGUCUUCUUCCUCCAUGGGAUUUCGAAGUCUGGACAGCAGCUUUAACCGACCAGGCAACAUAAUGCCUCGCCUUUCCGAAAACACAGACUCCUCAAUCGAUCACUACCAAGAUGCAGACGAGGAAGAUAACAACAGCUCCUCGAUUAAUAUCAGCAUGCUGCCAAUAACAAGAACGACAUCUACUCGUGAAAGGGAAAAGCUUGCAACUACUAGAGAAAAGGCUGUCUCGCUGCAGAAUCGAGAACGCGAGCGGGAAAAAUCAACUGCGAAUCAAGUCAGGUCUGACAGGAUUUCACCUUCGGGAAGAACGAAUCGAUUGAUCCACCACAGGUCUCAAUUGAAGAGAUCUCCAGCUGGGUCGGAUAAAACGGUGAAUAGCUCAUCGAGUAGCAGCGAUGAGUUUGUUUCGAAAUCACCACCUGGUCCAUCGGCGCAACAAGCUGCUAGAAGAACUGUUACCGGGAGGACGGCGUAUCAACCUCCAAGAAAUACUGUACAAGAUGAUGCUACCGGUAGAGUCAGAAGAUCAAGGAGUCUACAACUUCCAGAGAAAAAGCCGCAAACUUUCAGCAGAGAUGUUCAAACGGUCCAAUCCAGAAUAUCCCCCCAACAUCCAGAGCCACAUCGGACCAUUGUUAAAAUUAUUAACGCCGGAGAAAGACCAAAAAAACAUACGCAAAAUCAAGCUCAAUCUUUGCCACAUUCCUUGGAAGGAGAAGAAAUCAGCGAGGAUAUGCUUAGGGAAGCAGAAGUUGUCACAGGGUUUGUAUAUGGUAACAGAUCACGUGCGGCAGCCCAAGCUCUUAUUAAUCACAGAUUCAACAGUACCAGUUUCAGUAAGGAAGAAAAGAGCAAAGCUUCAAAGCCUGUUAUAAAUAACGGUGUUACAGUGUACUAUGUGGGAAAUUCGAAGAAAGAUUCGCAAAAAGUGUUGGUGCGCGGAGCAACUAGUCCCAUUCUGAGCAGUUUUGAAAGCAGGUCUGAAUAUAAGGAUAUGUGUUCCAUCGAUACGUGCAGUUUUUGGCCUCAUUGUUCACACAGGGACACUAGCAACGUCAUCAGACCCUCCCACAGUUAUCCAACUCAUCAGAGAUCUCUGGAUUCUUCGAGGGCUCCUCCGUUGGAAAGAAAAACGCAAGACCAACACAAGCGACGUUUAGCACUAGAAAUGGAACGCAGAAAACAACAACAGAGCUGUAUUGUUGCCAACGAAUUACACGAAAGGAAUAUUGCAAGUGAAAGACGCACCAGUCCGAACAAAGCCACAAAACGCGAUCAAACCGACAGUCGAAAAACUUCGCCGAUAAAUCCAAAAAGCCGUACUCCGACGUUCGGCACGGUCAGCGGUUCUUCGUCCGGUAGUGACGCCUGGAUAACAGCUUCAACUUCGUUUAGAAAUAGUGUCAAAAGCUCCGGAACUUCGUUACCGCGGGACGAAACGUCUGACGACGGUACUAAAGUGCGCGAAACUAUCGUGACGCGUCCAGGUAGUGCGCCGUCUGACGAAAGAGACAAUAACACGCUGGAGAUGCAGCAGCGGUCCAUGUCCUUGCCGAAAUCGUUUUUGUCAGCGAGUUAUCAACCAUCUAGUGGCACCCUUCCGUGGCAAAGGCAUGGAGCCGAAAGUACCGGUUCAUCCCCUGGUUUACCCCGCAAAGUACCCACCCCAGAGCUAUCACACACUGCCCCUGUGACACCGCUCCACGAGAGCCACCGUCGCAGGUCUCCGGUGGGCAGUACUCCGAGCAGACGUCCUAAAGCCACCUCCACCCCUCAACUUUUAGAAGGAUCCAGCUCAGAUAACAAGAACUGGGCUGAAAAUAUUAACCAGUCAAAAUGUCACCCUACUGGUAUAGAAGUCAAAACUUCCGGAACACGCAGGCAAUUAUCAGCUUCAGGCCGCGAAUCGGAGAGCGUCAUCCAAAAAUUCCGCAAAACAUUUUCGCUGCACUUCCACCACCAGCGAAAAUCACCCAAAUCUGCCGGCGAAAAAGAAGACGGCGGCGAUCCGGUCGUUUCGCCGCCUCCUCCAUCCGUCGCCGAUCUGCCGAUGUGCGAUGCGCCCGAAGAGGAGUCAAUGCCCCCUCACGUGCCGCCUCCAUCGGCCACGUGUCCGAUCGAUGCACCGCCGUCUGCUGCCACGUCCCCCACGCCACCUAGGAUUCCCACACUAGAGGACGACGUCGCCGACGGCUCUAGCGGAGAGCAACAAGGCACAGCCGCCUCCAAUUCGGAACACAAAUACAAAUUCGGAGGACUCGUUUGGCGAAACAGCAAAGAAAAGAAAAAACUAACGAAAGCAGCCAGAAACGCAAAAUGUAACAGCGGAGACAGCGGCAUCCAGAUAGAGAUAGUUACGAGUGGCGGGGGCGCCGGUGAUAGUUCCGAAUCCCAUGAUACCGAUCCCCCCGAAGAUACCGACAGUCCCCCCGUUACCAGACGCAGACCCCCCGCUUCCAAAAGAUCAUCCAGACCGUAUUCCGAGCUGCUUAACCAAGUUCUUAUUGAUAAGUUUACGGCUGAUUUAAAACAACGCGCCCACGACAAGCACCAGCAAGUUCGCAGAACCCGUUCUGACUUGGGAGGUCGUCGCAUUUUGAAUUGGGACCGUUCGUUCGGCAGAAUGUUCUCAUCUACUGGUCCUCCAGGUCUUCAAAGCCGGUCGCAGAGUCCCAGAAAAAAACCACCCGAUACUCCGCCAGAUGGAGUUGUGAUGCGAGGAAGGGGACCGUUAGGGAGACGAGGAACUUUAAGGAGAUCUUUGAGCCAACCGUUAGACAUCGAUAAGUUGUCGCCGUUGAUGAGGGCUAAAAGUGGAGGUAUAAAACUAAGCGGAUUCCAUAUGGCCAGCGAUUACGAUCGUCAAGGAACAUCUGACGACGAGAUGAUGUCCGACUCGGAAUCGUCGCUAGCAUCACUAGUCGAAAGAAAAAAAUCCCUAGACAUGGCCAUCGACGAGGAAAUGGUUAUCUUAGCUGAAGCUGUUUUUGAUCACGUGGCCAUCGAAUCUGAAGAACUGGCCUUCCGUGCUGGGGAUGUCAUCGAGGUUCUAGAAACAGCUAAUAGAGACUGGUGGUGGGGUUCAACCAAAGGCAAAUCAGGAUGGUUCCCCGCUCAAUUCGUGCGCUUGAGGGUGAGCCAGGAAGACACCGUAGAAGACUGCCUAGCAGCGAUGGCUUCUGGUGAGCGGAUGCCAUCUCAGAUACGACGUAGAACCAGUAUCUCCCUUUUGUCGAACGACCAAGUCAGGACGAGUGUGGUGCGCGAGUUGGUGCAUACCGAGCGGGACUUCGUUAAAGUGUUACAGGACGUAGUGGAGGGAUAUAUUGCGGAAUGUCAAAAAAGGACCGAUAUGUUUACCAAGGAACACCUAGACGCGAUAUUUAUGAAUUUAGAAGACAUUUUGACUUUUCAGUUAGGGUUUUUAAAAGACUUGGAAGCUUGUAUAGAGUGGGAAGCACCUUAUAAAAGUUGUGUGGGGUCGUGCUUUCUUAAACAUCGUUCUGGAUUCAAAAUGUACUCAGAUUAUUGCAACAGUCAUCCCAUGGCAACCGCGACUCUGCAAGAACUGUAUCAGUUCCAAAACUAUAGCAAAUUCUUCGAGGCAUGUAGGCUGAUGCGAGGCUUGAUAGAAAUUCCCUUGGACGGCUAUCUACUUACUCCCAUCCAAAGGAUCUGCAAAUACCCGUUGCAACUGGCUGAACUUCUGAAAUACACAAAGGCCGACCACGCAGACUAUGAGGAUAUCAAGGAAGCCCUGGAAGCGAUGCGUGGAGUGGCGAUGCUUAUUAACGAGAGGAAGAGAAGGAUGGAAAGCUUGGAGAAGCUGGCAGCAUGGCAACAGAGAGUUGAAGGCUGGGAGGGUGAGGAUCUCAUAGAAGUUAGUUCUCAACUAAUCCAUCAAGGAGAAGUAGUUAAAGUAACGACUGGUAUGUGGACCAAUAAUAUUACCUUAUUUCUCUUUGAUCACCAGAUUGUAUAUUGUAAAAAGGAUAUUCUUAAAAGAAGUAUAUAUGUGUAUAAAGGAAGAUUUUGUUUAGAUACUAGUGAAGUAAUUGAUGUACCUGAUGGAAAAGAUGCUCACCUAGGAGUCACCGUACGCCACGCCAUAAAAUUGUAUAGUCUAGUCCGUGAUAAAUGGUUACUGUUCUGUUGCCGGUCUUCUAACGAUAAGCAAAGGUGGCUCCGAAUGUUCGCAGAGGAACGAAGACUAGUAGCUCAAGACAAAGAUGAUGGACUAGACUUUCCGCCGUCGACAAGGCAUCUAGCCAGGAUAUCAGCCAGAUCGAAAAGGAGGCCUCCAAGAAAGCCUAGAACUGGUAAAAACUUCAAGCACGAUUCAGGUUAUAUGGGAUCAACUCUUCAAUUAAAUUCCACUUCAAAUAAUUCAUUAGGAAGAAAAGUAGGCACGUGGUUUACAUUUUCGAAUAAGAAGACGAGGCAUCAGCAUUCUGCAGAUGUUUCCUGAGAUCCGACUACUUUACUGUAAUGCCAGGCAGUUCGUCUUCCCUACCAAAACUCCAGUUGACUCGACACGAGACUGUAUUACAGUAAAAUGGUUACAUUGUUUGUAAAUAAAAUGUUGGCUUCGGUUUAUUAUAAUAUUAUAAGCAA